AUGGUCCUCACCUAUAGGAGGCCGUUUCAGCCCAGUUUCGAUCAAUUCACCUAUGUUCCGCUAAUCCUACUGGAAUUUCACCUGCACCAAUGUAAUCCUCAGGCCGUGACUAUCCUCUGGACAAACAAUGGUCCCCAUAGGACACCGGUUAUGCGCAGUUUCGAUCAAUUCACCUAUGUUCCGCUAAUCCUACUGGAAUUUCUCUUGCACCAAUGUAAUUCUCAGGCCGUGACUAUCCUCUCGACAAACAGUGGUCCCCAUAGGACGCCGUUUAAGCCCAGUUUCGAUCAAUCCACCUAUGUUCCGCUAAUCCUACUGGAACUUCUCUUGCACCAAUGUUAUCCUCAGGCCGUGACUAUCCUCUGGACAAACAAUGGUCCCCAUAGGACACCGGUUAAGCGCAGUUUCGAUCAAUUCACCUAUGUUCCGCUAAUUCUCCUGGAAUUUCUCUUGCACCAACGUAAUCCUCAGGCCGUGACUAUCCUCUGCACAAACAAUGGUCCCCAUCCCCUCCAUAGGACGCCGUUUAAGCCCUGUUUCGAUCAAUUCACCUAUGUUCCGCUAAUCCUACUGGAAUUUCUAUUGAACCAAUGUAAUCCUCAGGCCGUGACUAUCCUCUGGACAAACAACUGUCCCUCUCCCAAUAGGACGCCGUUUAAACCAAGUUUCGAUCAAUUCACCUAUGUUCCGCUUAUCCUACUGGAAUUUCUCUUGCACCGAUGUAAUCCUCAGGCCGUGACUAUCCUCUGGACAAAGAAUCAGCGUGCACGUAGGAAUCCGUUUCAGCCCAGCUUCGAUCAAUUCACCUAUGUUCCGCUAAUCCUACUGGAAUUUAUCUUCACCAAUGCGGUGACUAUCCUCUGGACAAACAAUGGUCCAUAUAGGACGCCGUUUCAGCCCAGUUUCGAUCAAUUCACCUAUGUUCCGCUAUUCCUACUGGAAUUUCUCUUGCACCAAUGUAAUCCUCAGGCCGUGACUAUCCUCUGGACAAAGAAUCAGCGUGCACGUAGGAAUCCGUUUCAGCCCAGUUUCGAUCAAUUCACCUAUGUUCCGCUAAUCCUACUGGAAUUUCUCUUGCACCAAUGUAAUCCUCGGGCCGUGACUAUCCUCUGGACAAAGAAUCAGCGUGCUCGUAGGAAUCCGUUUCAGCCCAGCUUCGAUCAAUUCACCUAUGUUCCGCUAAUCCUACUGGAAUUGCUCUUGCACCAAUGUAAUCCUCAGGCCGUGACUAUCCUCUGGACAAAGAAUCAGCGUGCACGAAGGAAUCCGUUUCAGCCCAGUUUCGAUCAAUUCACCUAUGUUCCGCUAAUCCUACUGGAAUUUCUCUUGCACCAAUGUAAUCCUCAGGCCGUGACUAUCCUCUGGACAAAGAAUCAGCGUGCUCGUAGGAAUCCGUUUCAGCCCAGCUUCGAUCAAUUCACCUAUGUUCCGCUAAUCCUACUGGAAUUGCUCUUGCACCAAUGUAAUCCUCAGGCCGUGACUAUCCUCUGGACAAAGAAUCAGCGUGCACGUAGGAAUCCGUUUCAGCCCAGCUUCGAUCAAUUCACCUAUGUUCCGCUAAUCCUACUGGAAGUUGUCUUGCACCAAUGUAAUCCUCAGGCCGUGAAUAUCCUCUUGACAAAGAAUCAGCGUUCACGUAGGAAUCCGUUUCAGACCAGUUUCGAUCAAUUAACCUAUGUUCCGCUAAUCCUACUGGAAUUUCUCUUGCACCAAUGUAAUCCUCAGGCCGCCGUGACUAUCCUCUGGACAAAGAAUCAGCGUGCACGUAGGAAUCCGUUUCAGACCAGUUUCGAUCAAUUCACCUAUGUUCCGCUAAUCCUACUGGAAUUUCUCUUGCACCAAUGUAAUCAUCAGGCCGUGACUAUCCUCUGGACAAACAAUGGUCCCCAUAGGACGCCGUUUCAGCCCAGUUUCGAUCAACUCACCUAUGUUCCGCUAAUCCUACUGGAAGUUGGCUUGCACCAAUGUUAUCCUCGGGCCGUGACUAUCCUCUGGACAAAGAAUCAGCGUGCACGUAGAAAUCCGUUUCAGCCCAACUUCGAUCAAUUCACCUAUGUUCCGCUAAUCCUCCUGGAAUUUCUCUUGCACCAAUGUAAUCCUCAGGCCGUGACUAUCCUCUGGACAAAGAAUCAGCGUGCACGUUGGAAUCCGUUUCAGCCCAGUUUCGAUCAAUUCACCUAUGUUCCGCUAAUCCUACUGGGAUUCCUCUUGCACCAAUGUUAUCCUCAGGCCGUGACUAUCCUCUGGACAAAGAAUCAGCGUGCACGUAGGAAUCCGUUUCAGCCCAGUUUCGAUCAAUUCACCUAUGUUCCGCUAAUCCUCCUGGAAUUUCUCUUGCACCAAUGUAAUCAUCAGACCGUGACUAUCCUCUGGACAAACAAUGGUCCCCAUAGGACGCCGUUUCAGCCCAGUUUCGAUCAAUUCACCUAUGUUCCGCUAAUCCUCCUGGAAUUUCUCUUGCACCAAUUUAAUCCUCAGGCCGUGACUAUCCUCUGGACAAACAGUGGUCCGCAUAGGACGCCGUUUCAGCCCAGUUUCGAUCAAUUCACCUAUGUUCCGCUAAUCCUCCUGGAAUUUCUCUUGCACCAAUGUAAUCCUCAGGCCGUGACUAUCCGCUGGACAAAGAAUCAGCGUGCACGUAGGAAUCCGUUUCAGCCCAGCUUCGAUCAAUUCACCUAUGUUCCGCUAAUCCUACUGGAAUUUCUCUUGCACCAAUGUAAUCAUCAGGCCGUGACUAUCCUCUGGACAAAGAAUCAGCGUGCACGUAGGAAUCCGUUUCAGACCAGUUUCGAUCAAUUCACCUAUGUUCCGCUAUUCCUACUGGAAUUUCUCUUGCACCAAUGUAAUCCUCAGGCCGUGGCGGUGACUAUCCUCUGGACAAACAAUGGUCCCCAUAGGACGCCGUUUAAGCCCAGUUUCGAUCAAUUCACCUAUGUUCCGCUAAUCCUACUGGAAUUUCCUCUGCACCAAUGUAAUCCUCAGGCCGUGACUAUCCUCUGGACAAAGAAUCAGCGUGCACGUAGGAAUCCGUUUCAGACCAGUUUCGAUCAAUUCACCUAUGUUCCGCUAAUCCUACUGGAAUUUCUCUUGCACCAAUGUAAUCAUCAGGCCGUGACUAUCCCCUGGACAAACAAUGGUGCCCAUAGGACGUCGUUUCAGCCCAGUUUCGAUCAACUCACCUAUGUUCCGCUAAUUCUACUGGAAGUUGAUUUGCACCAAUGCUAUCCUCGGGCCGUGACUAUCCUCUGGACAAAGAAUCAGCGUGCACGUAGGAAUCCGUUUCAGCCCAGCUUCGAUCAAUUCACCUAUGUUCCGCUAAUCCUCCUGGAAUUUCUCUUGCACCAAUGUAAUCCUCAGGCCGUGACUAUCCUCCGGACAAAGAAUCAGCGUGCACGUAGGAAUCCGUUUCAGACCAGUUUCGAUCAAUUCACCUAUGUUCCGCUAAUCCUACUGGAAUUUCUCUUGCACCAAUGUAAUCCUCAGGCCGUGACUAUCCUCUGGACAAACAAUGGUCCCCAUAGGACGCCGUUUAAGCUCAGUUUCGAUCAGAUCACCUAUGUUCCGCUAAUCCUACUGGAAUUGCUCUUGCACCAAUGUAAUCCUCAGGCCGUGACUAUCCUCUGGACAAAGAAUCAGCGUGCACGUAGAAAUCCGUUUCAGCCCAGCUUCGAUCAAUUCACCUAUGUUCCGCUAAUCCUCCUGGAAUUUCUCUUGCACCAAUGUAAUCCUCAGGCCGUGACUAUCCUCUGGACAAAGAAUCAGCGUGCACGUAGGAAUCCGUUUCAGCCCAGUUUCGAUCAAUUCACCUAUGUUCCGCUAAUCCUACUGGACGUUGUCUUGCACCAAUGUUAUCCUCAGGCCGUGACUAUCCUCUGGACAAAGAAUCAGCGUGCACGUAGGAAUCCGUUUCAGCCCAGUUUCGAUCAAUUCACCUAUGUUCCGCUAAUCCUCCUGGAAUUUCUCUUGCACCAAUGUAAUCAUCAGACCGUGACUAUCCUCUGGACAAACAAUGGUCCCCAUAGGACGCCGUUUCAGCCCAGUUUCGAUCAAUUCACCUAUGUUCCGCUAAUCCUCCUGGAAUUUCUCUUGCACCAAUUUAAUCCUCAGGCCGUGACUAUCCUCUGGACAAACAGUGGUCCCCAUAGGACGCCGUUUCAGCCCAGUUUCGAUCAAUUCACCUAUGUUCCGCUAAUCCUCCUGGAAUUUCUCUUGCACCAAUGUAAUCCUCAGGCCGUGACUAUCCGCUGGACAAAGAAUCAGCGUGCACGUAGGAAUCCGUUUCAGCCCAGCUUCGAUCAAUUCACCUAUGUUCCGCUAAUCCUACUGGAAUUUCUCUUGCACCAAUGUAAUCCUCAGGCCGUGACUAUCCUCUGGACAAAGAAUCAGCGUGCACGUAGGAAUCCGUUUCAGACCAGUUUCGAUCAAUUCACCUAUGUUCCGCUAUUCCUACUGGAAUUUCUCUUGCACCAAUGCCGUGACUAUCCUCCGGAAAAAGAAUCAGCGUGCACGUUGGAUUCCGUUCAAGCCCAGUUUCGAUCAAUUAACCUAUGUUCCGCUAAUCCUACUGGAAUUUCUCUUGCACCAAUGACGCCGUUUCAGCCCAGUUUCGAUCAAUUCACCUAUGUUCCGCUAAUCCUCCUGGAAUUCCACCUGCACCAAUGUAAUCCUCAGGCCGUGACUAUCCUCUGGACAAAGAAUCAGCGUGCACGUAGGAAUCCGUUUCAGACCAGUUUCGAUCAAUUCACCUAUGUUCCGCUAAUCCUACUGGAAUUUCUCUUGCACCAAUGUAAUCCUCAGGCCGUGACUAUCCUCUGGACAAACAAUGGUCACCAUAGGACGUCGUUUCAGCCCAGUUUCGAUCAACUCACCUAUGUUCCGCUAAUUCUACUGGAAGUUGAUUUGCACCAAUGUUAUCCUCUGGCCGUGACUAUCCUCUGGACAAAGAAUCAGCGUGCACGUAGGAAUCCGUUUCAGCCCAGCUUCGAUCAAUUCACCUAUGUUCCGCUAAUCCUACUGGAACUUAUACUGCACCAAUGUAAUCCUCAGGCCGUGACUAUCCUCCGGAAAAAGAAUCAGCGUGCACGUUGGAUUCCGUUCAAGCCCAGUUUCGAUCAAUUAACCUAUGUUCCGCUAAUCCUACUGGAAUUUCUCUUGCACCAAUGUAAUCCUCAGGCCGUGACUAUCCUCUGGACAAACAAUGGUCCCCAUAGGACGCCGUUUCAGCCAGUUUCGAUCAACUCACCUAUGUUCCGCCAAUCCUCCUGCCGUGACUAUCCUCUGGACAAACAAUGGUCCCCCCCCCAUAGGACGCCGUUUAAGCCCACUUUCGAUCAAUUCACCUAUGUUCCGCUAAUCCUACUGGAAGUUGUCUUGCACCAAUGUAAUCCUCAGGCCGUGACUAUCCUCUGGACAAAGAAUCAGCGUGCACGUAGGAAUCCGUUUCAGACCAGUUUCGAUCAAUUCACCUAUGUUCCGCUAAUCCUACUGGAAUUUCUCUUGCACCAAUGUAAUCCUCAGGCCGUGACUAUCCUCUGGACAAAGAAUCAGCGUGCACGUAGGAAUCCGUUUCAGACCAGUUUCGAUCAAUUCACCUAUGUUCCGCUAAUCCUACUGGAAUUUCUCUUGCACCAAUGUAAUCAUCAGGCCGUGACUAUCCUCUGGACAAACAAUGGUCACCAUAGGACGCCGUUUAAGCCCAGUUUCGAUCAAUUCACCUAUGUUCCGCUAAUCCUACUGGAAUUCCUCUUGCACCAAUAUAAUCCUCAGGCCGUGACUAUCCUCUGGACAAAGAAUCAGCGUUCACGUAUGAAUCCGUUUCAGCCCAGUUUCGAUCAAUUCACCUAUGUUCCGCUAAUCCUACUGGAAUUUCUCUUGCACCAAUGUAAUCCUCAGGCCGUGACUAUCCUCUGGACAAAGAAUCAGCGUGCACGUAGGAAUCCGUUUCAGCCCAGCUUCGAUCAAUUCACCUAUGUUCCGCUAAUCCUCCUGGAAUUUCUCUUGCACCAAUGUAAUCCUCAGGCCGUGACUAUCCUCUGGACAAACAAUGGUCCCCCCCCCAUAGGACGCCGUUUAAGCCCACUUUCGAUCAAUUAA